AUGUCAGUCGUAACAUCCUCCAAUCCUCCGAAAGAUAACGUCUUCCCGUUUCAGUGUCUGAUUCUUGCGGCUACAAAUUACAACACUUGGUCAAUCAAAAUGGAAGCUAUCACGGAUGCCCACGGGUUGUGGGAAGACAUCGAACCGGCAACCGGAGUGCUUGUAGACAAGAAGAAGAAUAAGCAAGCUCGGGCUUUCAUUCUGGAAGAGAUACUUUCACAAGCUGCCAAGAAGAAGACGGCUAAAGAGGUAUGGUAUUCGUUGAAGUCGCGGUACGUAGGGGCUAAACGAGUGCAAAAGGCAAGGCUUUGGAUAUUGAAAAGUGAAUUCCAAGCCUUACAUAUGAAGGAUGAAGAAACUAUAGAUGAGUAUGCCAGAAAGAUUUCGGGUAUGAUAUCGAAGUAUAACAGUGUUGGAGCGACUUUGGAGGACGAAGAACUAGUCCGAAAAUUGUUCGAUACGGUGCCCAAAAAGUUCAUUAAUCUGGUAGCCUCUAUUGAACAAAGUUUGGAUGUCGAUUCAAUGCCAUUUGAGGAGGCUAUUGGGCAUCACAAGGCCUAUGAGGAUAGGCUAAAUCUCAAGAAGGGAAGUGUGAUGAAUGAAAACAAAUUACCGUUUACAAAGGCUGAAAAUUCGUCAAAUCAAAAGGCAACGAACAAGAUGAACACGGCGGGUGGUCGAGGACGAGGUUGGAAUAAUGGCAGAGGAGGAAGAAAUGGUUCAAGAGGUCGAGGUUCGACCCGGGGGAGAGGUGGACGCUGGGGUGGCGGGUUUCACCAAGAAACUAGUGCAACAAACUGA